AUGGUUCUCGCCUGGCUGGCUAUCUCGCUCUGCCUUGCGCUGCUCCUUCGCGAAGAUGUUGCGACCUGCCUGCCCUGGCUUGUGAACUUCAGUGAUGAAGAUGUUCUUGCUCACAUCGAAGUCCUGACGACGCCCUUUCCAGCUGGACUUGCUGAGUACAUGGCCUUGCGAGCCAGUCUGACGGACUCCCGGCGGGGCGGUGUGCCAUGGGAGCAUCUGCUUCUUUCCAGCAGCUGCUUGUCCGCAGUGGCUUUUGCUCGUCUUCGUGCACAACCAGGAAGCUUCCGUGCCUCGCCCUGGGCUCUUCUCCAGCGUGUGGAGCGUUGUUUCGGACCUGAGAGUGCGCUGCACCCGGUGGCGCUGGCGGCUGCGCAGGCGCACUGGCUGAUGGGCCCUGAAGAGAGGCUCAUCCAGAAGCUGAAGGCCACCACUAAGCGCUUGAUGAAAGAGUUGGAUGCUGUUUCGCCCGAGGACGCCUUCCGUUUAGCCGUGCAUGCUCACAACAGCACCAUACAGAAAGGCCCGGGCGCGCCCCCCGCGGCGGAGGCCACGCCCGAGGUGGCUCCAGCAGUGGAGGCCGCUGACAGCGCAGCCGCUCCGGCUGCUGGCGGAGGCAAAGGCAAAGCCAAGGGACCUCCGGCCAAGGGGAAGAAGGGCCCGGGCCCGCCACCCGCUGCUGCGGUGGAGGCUGCGCCCGAAGCUCCCACCGAGGUCCCUGCUGAGCCGGCGCCUGCUCCUGCAGGCAAAGGCAAAGCCAAGGGCCCUCCGGCCAAGGGGAAGACGCUUGCCUCCCGAUUAUUGAAGGGCCCGGGCCCGCCACCCGCUGCUGCGGUGGAGGCUGCGCCCGAAGCUCCCACCGAGGUCCCUGCUGAGCCGGCGCCUGCUCCUGCAGGCAAAGGCAAAGCCAAGGGCCCUCCGGCCAAGGGGAAGACGCUUGCCUCCCGAUUAUUGAAGGGCCCGGGCCCGCCACCCGCUGCUGCGGUGGAGGCUGCGCCCGAAGCUCCCACCGAGGCCGCCGCGCCGGAGGCCGCCGCGCCAGAGGCCGCCGCGCCGGAGGCCGCUGCGCCAUUGGCGGCCGCACCAGAGGCCGCCGCGGCCGCGGAGGUCCCUGCUGAGCCGGCGCCUGCUCCUGCAGGCAAAGGUAAAGCCAAGGGCCCUCCGGCCAAGGGGAAGACGCUUGCCUCCCGAUUACUGAAGGGCCCGGGCCCGCCACCCGCUGCUGCGGUGGAGGCUGCGCCCGAAGCUCCCACCGAGGUCCCUGCUGAGCCGGCGCCUGCUCCUGCAGGUUUCCCUCCCAUUCGCAUCGCGCCCUCAACCUAUGUUGGCAAAGGCAAAGCCAAGGGCCCUCCGGCCAAGGGGAAGACGCCUGCCUGCAAAGGCAAAGCCAAGGGCCCGGCGCCCAAAGGCAAGAAGGGCCCAGGCCAGCCUCCACCCGCUGCGGCAAGCGCCGAAGACGAUGAAGCAUGCACGACCUCCGACGAAGGGUCAGCUGGCGGAGCUGGUCCUGCAGCUAUCGCCACGGCCAAGGAGCCAGCGGGCCCCGCUGCGUCGCAGAAGAAUGCGGACGCGCCGCUGCCAGAUGACGAUGACCUAGACCUAGACGUGGCUGCUGAGACGUCACCUGCCUCUCCAAGUCGCGGAGAGGAAGCGGAGGCGGCGAGUGCCGUGCAGCCUGUGGCGCAGGCCGCCAAGGGGCCACCGCCUGCUGGCAAAGGAAAGGCCAAGGGCCCCGGCAAGCUUGGCAAGGGCCCACCCCUGCCGCCAGCGCAAGCAUAG